CUUGGACCUCUAUUAAACAACACAAUCAAUAUUUAUAAAUAAAAUCUUGUCAAAGAAACAUUAACAUUUUUGCGACCGUGUCUCUCACCUGACACUACAUUGUGUAACGCACUGUGAAUUAAGUUAAAAUCAAACUACUUAUAGUCGCACAUACGACUAUCAUACUCAUCGGACCCAGAACGGUUCUGAUAUUGGUAUAUUCGCAUUCACAAUCAGCGAGUACCAUACGUAGUGGUGCUAGAUUUGUCGGUGUUCAUACAUCAAUUGAUUUCAUCCUGCCUCGAUUCGAAUUGUGUUUUUCGAAGGUGUGCUCACAUUAUUAGUUUAUUUAUGUUGUGACACAAUUUGGAUUAAGGUAUUUACUUUCGAAGGGCUUGUUAAAAGGAGGAUUUGUAUGGUUUAAUGGAGAACGAAUAGCCUACAAGAUGAAUAAAUAUCUGAAGUUAUUUUUUCAUCGGGUUAUAAAAGACCUAAAACAAAAGGAAUUGCUUCCAUUGAAGUUGCUAUUUUUCAUGCAUUCCUCUACCAUACUGGUUCUGUAUCCUUACUUAACAAUACAUAUGAGAGAAUUGGGAAUAAACGUGGAAGAAACUGCUAUAAUGUCUGCAAUUACACCGGCCGUUGCUAUUCUAAUGCCACCGAUAGCUGGAAUGAUAGCCGACAAAAUAGGAAAUUUUAGAGUGUUACUUGCCGCCUUUUCGGGUAUAGGCGGUGGUGCUGCUCUACUAUUACUGCUCGUGCCCGUAGGAAGAGUCACCCUAACUUAUCCAGACAAAAUAAUUUUUGGUUUAACCUGCGACACUAACUCGACGCCUUUGUUAACGUUGUACCAGGAACAUCCUUGCGUACCGAUACACAGCGAUUCGAUAAUAGAUACGGAUAUUAAGAUGGAAUCGUGCGGUUUCGCCUGCCAGGCAGUGUUGAGCAAAAACUACUCCAAGAUAAUUUUAGGCACGAGAAGUUACGACAUUCAAAUAUACGACAUACCAAAAAAUUCCACUAUAAUAUACACUUACAAAUUAAGCGAAGAUGACAUUUUUGAACCAGAGAAGAUGCCAAGAAGACGCAGCAAAAUAAAAUUGAAAAAUAAUGAAAGAUACAGGACCUCCAUAAGAAAAUUGUCCAAAAAUUCAUUCUAUUUUCCUACAGUUUCCGUGUAUAAUUUCUCAUGUAAUAUGGCCGAAAAUGGACUCACCAAUUGUCUGUUGGGUACAAACGAUGAACUCGAUGGUUUCCAGAAAAUAUCAAACCCCUGGAAAGCCGGAAUACGUUUAAAACUCACUGAUCAUAGCGACACCGAAGAAUCACGACAAACAUACAAUGUUGAUUUUAUAAGUACAAAACGCCAAUCUAACAUUACUUGCCUAGAAAAUAAAGCGAUCUUAGCCAAACAUAUCUCAGUUACUAUACCAGUUAAUUCAAACGAAUCCACAAUCAAACAUCUCGAUUUGGGCAGUUGUUCGCAUAAAUGCAUAGCGACUAGUCCUCGAAACACUGUUUGCACAAAUCAGAAGACAGCAGUCGAGCUGGACAUGAGCCUAACGUUUUGGUCCUAUCUUUGUGUACGCGUGUUCGUCGGAAUUAUCAGUGGUACUGCUUUUGCCAUGUUCGAAGGAGCAGUAAUAGCCAUACUAAGAGAACACAAAGCUGACUAUGGUUUACAAAGAAUAUAUGCCACUAUCGGAGGAAUGAUCAGUUCGCCUAUAUCUGGUUGGAUGAUCGAUUAUGCUAGCAGAGGCAAAGGAUACACUGAUUUUAGACCUGUAUUCUUUUUGUACGCUGCCUUGAAAGUUAUUAGUGGAGUUUUGAUGCUUUUUAUAAACUUGGAAUUCAAAAAAGCAGCUUCCAGUGUUAUAACUGAUGUGAUAGAAGUACUUAAAAAAGUUGAACUAAUAGCUCUUUUCAUGUCCUGCGUAAUUUUAGGCUGUGCUUGGGGUUUCAUUGAAAGUUUUCUCUUCUGGCUGUUGGACGAUCUCGGCGGAUCCAAAUCAUUGAUGGGUCUUACAGUUACAGUAGGAGGAAUUGUGGGUAUUCCUUUACUAAUCCUCUCAGGUCCUAUCAUUAAAAAAAUAGGGCAUGCCAAUGUUAUAUUUAUUGGCUUCAUUUUCUAUGCUAUAAGAUUAAUGGGAUACUCGUUAAUAUACAACCCUUGGUUCUGCCUUGUAUUUGAAGCCAUGGAAUCUGUUACAUUUGGACUUAGUUUUACGGCAGCUGUUACUUACGCUGCAAAAUUAUCCACUGUGACAACUGAUACCAGUAUUCAAGGAAUGCUGGGAGGCUUAUAUUAUGGAGUUGGAAAAGGAAUAGGCAGUUUAAUCGGUGGAUACUUAAUAGAAUUGAUAGGAAUUCGUCACACAUUCCAGUGUUUUUCGGUAGCAAUAAUUCUUAUCGGCGUGAUUUACGUAUCGUUUUAUCACAUGUACAUGAAGCAACACCCAUCACAAGGUACGGACAUAACGAAGAAGGAUAAAGCUCCGGAAGGUUUUACCGAUAUAAAUUUGAAGUCCAAAGCCGAAAAAGCCGAAUUAGCAGAGAUUCAAGCCGACUUGCCUGUUGUAUUUGAGGAUGCAAUGUGUAAUCCAGCUUACGAGACUACUGAAGGUGAUGAAGAGGAAGAUGAACAGGAUAAAGUUGAACAUAUUAAAGCCAAUGGUAAAGUUUGAUCGCCAGCGAAAAAAGGCUGGCAUUUACUAUCAGUAUUUUCAAAAAAACGGAUUUCUUUCAGAAAAUAAUAAUUUUUUAAAUACCCUUUUUUGUUUUCUCAUAAAUUGUUGUCUGUGAAGGAUUUAUAAGGACUAAGAAACCGGUUAAAAUGAGUUUUUAGAGAAUUAUAUAGAUUUGUUUUUUCAUGUAUUUGGGAACAUUCAAUUUAUAUGCAAUAUUUUUGUAGUAAUAGGGAUUAUGUACUAAAUAAUAUGUAGUAAAAACCGUUUUUUUGCCUGACAAACGAAGUAUUGUAAAUUUUUUUAAAUUCAUUAUCGAAAGUUCCUUAAACAACAUUAGCUUUUAUGCAAGUCUGAAGGAAAUUUGCAAAGAAGGAUAAAUAAAAUAAAGAGUUUUAACUAAUAUGUUUUAGAUAUUUUAGUUUGAUUUUAAAUAGUGACGAGUGAAGAAGUUAUUAUUUCUUGAAGCACUUUACACAUUACGUAAAUUUAAUUUAUUUUUUAUAGUAUAAAACUCCCUAUUAAGCUUCAAUUUGUGUAGGUAAUUUUCAAAAAAUUAACUCGUAAUAUUAGUUUAUCUAUGUUCAUUUUAAAUAUUGGCGAUUGUGCAUUAAUAGCUCAAAUUAAUAUAGACGUAAAUGCUUUCAGGCAUUAUCAUACUUUGCCUUAUUUACAACUAAAGUGAUAGUGACAUUUCCAUUUUAUUAAACGACAUAAAAAGACCAAAAAAUUUGUUACGGAAAUUCCAGUAUUUUUAAUUUUGUCUUAAUAGUAUACUUAUUUGUGAUGUUUGCAAUUUACCGUAUAAGAUUUUAGUAUAAAUGAUUACCAUUUCGUAUCUGUGAUACUUAAAUGUAUGUACUGCUUGUCAUUUUUAUGUUAAUAUUAUUAAAUACCUAUAUAAUGUGUUUCAGUAGUACAUCAAACUGGAAAUAUAGCAGCAUUAAUGAUUUUAUUUUAAGCCUUAUUUUUAACUCUACUUGAAACAUAAUAUAUAUUUAUUCUGCUAAAUGAAAUAAUUAUAAUGUUAAGCAGUGCUUGUUUUGAGUUUUUAUGAUGUUAAUUUCUAAAUAAAGUAUAUUUUAGUUUAAAACGUUUAGAACCAAAAAUAUAUUUACCAUUUUU